AAAGCCAACCAGAAGCAUCACGUGUUUCAUUGCAACGCCGAUAUGUCUGUAAAGAUAGGUAUUAUUGGAGGAUCAGGGCUUUCCAACCCAGACAUUCUGAAAAAUGGUGCUGAACUAGAAGUGGACACAAUAUUUGGAAAGCCAUCUGACAGCCUGAAAACUGGUGAAAUAGCUGGGGUACCAUGUGUGCUUCUAGCCCGACAUGGGCGCUCCCACUCCGUCAUGCCCACCAAUGUGAAUUUCCGGGCUAACAUAUGGGCUCUCAAAGAGGUUGGCUGUACACAUCUUGUGGUAACCACUGCAUGUGGUUCUCUACAGGAAAACAUACACCCUGGGGAAAUUGUUGUCUUGGAUCAGUUCAUUGACAGGACACAGAAAAGAAUACAAACAUUUUUUGAUGGGUCUAAAAAUGCUCCAGCUGGCAUAUGUCACAUGCCUAUGGCCAAACCUUUUUGUUCCAGGACAAGUCAGAUUCUUUAUGAUUGUGCUAAAGAACUCUCGAUUGGAUGCCAUAAAGGAGGAACUAUGUUGACCAUAGAAGGGCCCAGAUUUUCUUCGGAAGCUGAGAGCAAACUCUUCCAUUCCUGGGGUGCUCAUUGUAUAAACAUGACAACAGUACCCGAGGUUGUGUUAGCAAAGGAAGCAGGACUUUGUUAUGCAUCAAUGGCUUUGGUCACCGAUUAUGACAGCUGGAGAGCAGACACAGAAUCUGUCAACGUUGAAAAUGUCCUCAAGACCUUCAAGCUGAAUGCUGCUAAUGCACAGAAUGUAUUAAUGAAAGCUAUCCCAGAGAUUGCCAAGCAGGACUGGACAGAUACCAUCAAAGCAAACCAGGAUAUGGUCACAUCAAACACAAUGUUACCGCACAGUUACUGACAAGGAUGGAACCAAUCACUGUGAGAAAGUUUUAACUAACAACAAGUUCAUCUAUAUUUGGAAAUGAAUAGAAGAAUAUAACUGAAAGUGCAGCAUUUACCAUUGAUACAGAAAUAUAUCCAGAAUUGAUCUCUGAUCUGCAGUUUCUUUGUCAUGACUUACUAUUAAGGAGCCAACACUUCCGUCACCAAAGGAAGAUAACUAUUACAUUUAUACAUGUGUAUGUGGAUGCUUUUGUGUUUAAACAGAACACUACAAUAUGGAAAACCACAUUAUUUACAGAAUGCUACAGGAUUGAUAUUUUGGUAGGAUGAAAUCAUGACAGAAGCACAAUAUUCUGCUGGACAGAUUUUACUGGGUGACGAAACAAUUUUAGAGAAAGCCAAUCAUGAAGACUUGGAGGUGUCAUAUACCAAGUACUUGGAUGUCAGAAUUUUCCUGUUAUUCAUAUUUUCCGUUCUAUAAGAAGGCAGUCACUGCUAAAACAUUGUCUUGACAUGUUUGGGAAAUUUUUAUUUCAUUACUUGACUGACUGACCCAAAUAAUACCCAUUAAUAUCAGGCUUGUGAAAUGGAAUCAAUUUUGAUUAAAUGUCAAAACAUAAACAUGUAUAAGCCAUAGUAAAAUCCCAACAGAUACAUUUAUGUUUGAAUCAAACCCGCACCUUAAAACUGUUCUUAAAGAUUAUUCUUAAUGAAAAUUAUACUGCUCACAAAUGCACAACAACCUGCGAAUGGUUCGACCUAUAAUAUUGCUUUUUAGCCAUUUUAUACAGUUUAGUUGGUUAGUUUAAAGUUUCACCAACCUUGAUUGUAAACAAAUAUUAUAGAGUACAUUUAUUAAAUAAUAUCACACAUAACAUGUUUCACAUUUAUCAUAUUUGCCUCUACCGUUUAAUUCUCCAUGCCCUUUCUUUGUAAGGGUUAUAGAAAAAAGAAAUACUGCCUUAGAAGAAUAAAUGUGUUUUAUUUGAUUGGUUUUGAAAGUGUAUCUACAUUAUCUAAACUAUUAGUUAUUUUAAUUUAAACAUCACAUUGGAUCUUAGAACUCUCUUUCUCUGUAACAAAAAUGUCUCAAUAUCUUUUAAAAAUGAUAAUUUUGUGAGUCCCAUUUGUUUUGUAUGUAUGUUGCUGUAUAAUAAUGUUUUUCUUUUACUUUUCUUGUUCUUCCCAGACUCAAUUUCUACAAGGCCAGUGGCUUUCUUGAUGUAAUACCAAAAAUAUUAGAUACUCUACAAUUGCAGAGGAAAUAGCAUGCAAAUUUCAGCUAUAAAUGUCAAUUUCAGGAUGGUAUACAAGACAAACAAAUAAAUAUUGAUAAAUACAUGUAUUGUGUAUUGGAAUUGUUUAUCAGAUUCUAAUCAAAUUUUCAUUGCUUCUUGUAAUAUCUUUAAAAAAUGGUUAGUAAAUAUAUGUUUUAUACUUGUUUUUCUUGAUAAUAAAAUUUCUGAAAGCGA